ACAAUUAACGUCUGGCAUUUCAAUUCCGAUAACGUCGCACAUUUCAAGUAAACCGCAGGCCUCGGCUACCGCAAGAUCCAUAGCUCCAUUCCUUCGUUUGCAGUUGCACCAAGACGAAGCGGGACAAGUCUGUGAAACGAAGCAAUGGAGGACUCCACCACCACGCCCCUGCUCCUCCUCUGCGUCACCCUCUCACUCGCAGCCUCACUCUUGUUGCUUCGCCACGCCCAUGCCCGCAACAAUUCAGAUGCGAACAGUAAAAAGGACCGGCUGCCCCCUGGGCCGCCAGCGCUGCUCUUCCUGGCCAAGUUCCUGGCGCUCCGGCGAUCAAUCUUUGACCUUGGCCCGCUCCUCCGCGACUUGCACGCGCGCCACGGCCCCGUCAUUUCCCUCCGCCUCGCCAGCACGCUCGUCUUCGUCGCCGACCGCCGCCUCGCGCACCGCGUCCUCGUCCAGGGCGGCGCCACCUUCGCCGACCGUCCGCCGCCCGUCGACCCAGGCCGCCUAUUCAGCGGCGGCCGCGACAUCAGCGCCUCGCCCUACGGGGCCUACUGGCGCCUCGUCCGCCGUAACCUCGCCAGCGAGGUGCUGCACCCGGCCCGCGUCAGCCUCUUCGCGCCGACGAGGCGGUGGGCGUGCGAUGCUCUCGUCAAAAACCUCCGCGCGCGCUCCAACGAAGGGGCUGUCACUCUCAGGCCGUUCCUGCGUCGCGCCAUGUUCGAGCUGCUCGUUUACAUGUGCUUCGGUGCGCGGCUUGGGCAGGAGGCACUCGACGAGAUCGAGGAUCUGCAGCACAGCGUGCUCCUCUCCUUCACCACCUUCCCGAUUUUCGCCUUCUUCCCGGCGGUCACCAAGCGGCUCUUCCGCGCGCGGUGGGAGGCACACGUUGCCGUGCGACGGAGGCAGGACGAGAUGUUCGGCCAGCUGAUCCACGCCACGCGCGGCGAAGAUGACCCGCCGUGCUACGCGGACUCUCUCCGAGCGCUGCGCGUGGCAGACGAGAGCGACCGGCCGCUCACGGACGCCGAGAUGGUCAGCCUCUGCUCCGAGUUCCUGAACGGCGGGACGGACACAACGGUGACUUUGGUGGAAUGGAUCAUGGCCGAGCUCGUGAACCACCCCGACGUGCAAGCCAAAGUGCGGGAGGAGGUGAACGCCGAACCGGAGCUCAACGACGGCGACACCCAGGCGAUGCCGUACCUGAAGGCGGUGGUGCUCGAGGGCCUUCGCCUGCACCCGCCAGGCCACUUCGUGCUCCCGCACAGUGUGCAGAGCGACGCGGACAUCGGCGGCUACACGGUGCAUAAAGGCGCGGAGGUGAACUUCCUGGUGGCCGAGAUCGGCCGCGACGAGACGGUGUGGACGGCGGCGCGGGAGUUCCGGCCGGAGCGGUUCCUGGACGGCGGCGAGGGGUGCGGCGUGGACAUCACGGGGAGCAGGGAGAUCAAGAUGAUGCCUUUUGGCGCCGGACGCAGGAUGUGCCCCGGGUACUCUCUGGGCAUGCACCAUGCCGAGUAUUUCUUGGCGAGGAUGGUGCGGGAGCUGGAGUGGCGGCCGCCGGUAGACGGGGUGGCUGUGGACAUGGCGGAGGCGCUGGACUUCACCACCGUGAUGAAGCACCCGCUCCGUGCACGCAUCGUCGCCAUAAGUUAAGCCAGCUUGAUACUAGCUCCUGGCGCGCGAAUGUUAUGAAAGAAAUAACGAAGAAAGAAAGGCGCGGCAAAUUGUGUUGGUGCCAAGCCAUGUUAACAACUACGGUAUAAUCCUAUACUAAUGUAAUGCUGUAUCAAACGUAUCUACAUAUGUACAAUAGUAUAUGCUACUA